AUUGUUAACUGAGUCAAAGCGUCGACAACCUGCUUAGUCCUGCUGGCCCAUGCCACUCAGGUCAAUACUACACCCCCGACAAAGCCAAACUCCCACGGCGAGCCCCCCACUGAGAGACAACACAAUGGGGCAUUAGUCAGUCGGCGACCGAAGACAGAUAGUCAGAAAUUGCCGUUCUGAUUCACUUCAACCAGAUUUUCACUCCUUCGGUGACCUCACAACCUUUUCUGUUCAGAACUGGGGGAGGCCGUGAAUUUGUUGUCCAUCAAAAUACGACGGCAGGAAUAUCGAUGCCAUAGAUGAAAGUAAACACUGGUAUCAAGUGGGAGGGUUGAAGGGGAGUGAAAGCUAAAGGAUAGAGAGAAUGGUGAUAGCACCACACUGAAGAUGAUGCAACUCACUUGAUACCUCAACAACUGAACGGGUCGAGGGAAUGAAUUAAAGACUGCAGACAAAAGGCCGGGCAUGGCUACUCUUCAAUUUACAAGCGUCCUAGUUUGUGCUAUUUUACUCGGACAAGGAUCCUCUGAGAAAACGGCAAGCGGUAGAGAACAGCGAAGAGAUGUCAUUCUUAAGGAGCUUCUAUCCAAACUGAAUAAAGAAGGUACUCGGAACCCGCAAAAGGGCUCUCGGGAAACAAACAAGGAUGUCGUUAUGCUCCCUUGGGUUAAUAGCGUUCUGGGGGGCCUUCAAACGUUGAGUGGAUUAUUUCCUGGUACGAACCUGGCUUCACUAAACCAGCCGAUUGAUCGUCGUCGUCUCUCGGGCUUCCUCUACAACAUCUCUCAAUACCUCCAAGAAAUGAGUUCGGGGCUGGAGGAGGCACCCUUUGAUUUGGAUGACGAACAUCUGUGGGAGAAAGUGCUCUAUUUUUUUCUCCAAUCCGAAGGCAGCGCUGCACAGAGCCAGUGGAACGGCCGAGUGCCGCCUCGACCCAGCGUCCAAGUGAAAGACUGGUUUCUGUCCCUGAGAGGUAGCCCCCACUGGGACUGGCUUCUCGGGCUCCUGCAGAGCCUCACGACCCUCCUGCAGCGUCAGCCUCACAAGCCCAUUCUGACUUUGUUAUCGCAGAACUGGAGGACGGUGAGCGCUGUGCUGGAGGCCGCUUUCCAGGCGCUGAUAAGCGGGACUUUCGGACAAGCCAGCGCUGGCCUGCAGGGUUUCAUUUGCGCACUGAAAGGUCACACCGACUGCCCUUUCGGCGUCGGCUGGCUUCAGUACGUGCUCCGCUUCUUGCAAACACACAGAUGGACUCCCGUGGUCAGUUUGCACCCGGCGGGGGCUGAUGCUGAACACAACGGGAGAGGCUCGGGUGGACGUAUUAAGCCCUUCAGCUUGCCCCCUGAAGUCCUGAAGCAGGAUGCGUCACUAAAAAAUCAUUUUCAGGAUGAUGUAAGCGCAACGCAGGAUGAUCCAGAUUCUAUGCGAAAUGUAUUCCUGCAAGCGCUGACCCGCUCAAGUGGAAGCAAUUUGGCCCAGGAAAAUCUAGCACUUGUGCAAAGUUUGGAUAGGCUCAGGAUGGGGCUUGUGCGCAGAGUGGGCAGUUCUGUUUAUGGUAACCUGAGGAAGAAAGUGUCGCAGCUUACCAUGGCAAUGCUCGAUGAUGUCAACAAUGUGGCGGACGGACCCCGGUCCAGUAGAAGGGGACAAUGCUCAGUUGGCGACCUGAGGAAGUUAAUCUUAUGGGGAAUAAGACAUAAUGUGACCUGGAACACGCAAGCUUUGGGCGUGAGCACCCAGGGUAUCCCAAGCUCACUGUCAUUCCUGUCCUGCCCCCCCAGCGAUGAAAAUAGCUUCGGACAAACACCUCCCCACUCACCUGUGAAAUCCUCACCUUCCCAUCAUAUCCAUCCAAAAGGCCUUCAUGAUCAGCGCAAUCAGCAUCAACCAAGAAGUGAGAGUGACCUCCAAAAAGAGAUGGAGGAUUCAACCACUGCAGAAAUUCUGGAGGCGGCGUGCAAUGAAUCCAUUCCAGGACUGAGUGGUGUCUCCAACUUCACAGUGUUCCUCUACUGUAAACUUUUGGAAUGGCAAAACGGGUCAGUGAGUCCCGCUGAUGGUGAAAUGGGUCUGGACCUGCACACCACAUGCUCUGAUGCUGCUUGGUACCUGGCUGCGGCUGAGGAGGAUUUCCUGUGGGUUCAUUUGUGCAGUGAGUUCUUUGCAUAUGAAUUCAACAACACGGUCUGUGCCAAUUCCACUUUCUGGCUCCACAAAGCACCUCAGGCUACCAGGACACACAACUAUAAUGCGUUUAACCAGACAAGUAUAAAGCAGCUGUGCGUGCACCUAUCAAGCGGUGCAACAGGAAGUCCAGCGCCUGAGGAAGGCUGUCUACCUCGGUCAGGCAGCAGGUUUGUGAGUGCCAAGGCUUUCCGGCGUUGCUUCCUACCCGACAGUUCAGCCCUUAUCUCAUCGUUGUGUGGGAGAGAACACCCAGAUUCCCACCGCUCCAUCCCAGAGGGCAGCUGGGCCGCGAUGUACUGCUUUCGACAACACAACCUCUCCCGUGUCGAUGCCACGGAGGAAGCUUGUGAGUACAACGAGUGGGCUGUGACGACAUUCCUCAAUGUGACCAUGCUGGAAGCGUGUUGGCAGACACGCGGACUCAUAGAGCACAUGUGCUUGAAUGCAUCGCUCUACCAACAGCUGCUGAAAUCAAUGCCCAGCUUGUAUGACAUUUGUGCUGAUCUGCAAGCAGAGGUAGAGGGCAGAAAAUGCUUACUCCAGAGGUUUUUUGACAUGCUCCCAGCCCAGUAUGCCUUUGGCACAUCGCAGCUGUGCGUGAACCCGGCCGCUCUGAUGUUGGAUGUCUUACACAAGCUCAGUGUGUGUCAAGUUGAAGGAGGGGAGAACCAGUGGUUUUUUGUGACGCUCGGAUAUGUGUUGAGAGUACUGGACUUCGUGGUCGGCCUCUCUUCGGGUCUGGAUGAAGGGGAGGUAGAGGCCAGGCAAGGUUUGGGUCAAGCCAUCCUCCUCUCCAGUCUCCUUGACAACGCAUCCUGGAGUGCGAUGCAGCCGGAGGCUUCUGCCAGUGUACUUCACACUGUGGGAGUCUUCCUGCUUCGGGAGCAGAACAUGAGCCUCAAAGAGGACCUGCUGAGCUGUUUCAGUCCUGUCUUGUGGGACCUCAUUGAGCACGACAACAACUCAUCAGCUCUCAGGGUUCUGUUGCAGGAAUACCUCCAAAUGCCUGCAAAUAGCAUUCACGCUCUUGUGAUGGCCGCUGAGAAAGAUGCCGUCAAGAGGUUCCUCUCUUAUAUGCAUCAAAGCUGGGAUCACCUUCAAGUUGAAACAAGCCGGGCUUCCCAAAAAGAGCUGCAGGCCAUGGAAACAAUGACUGCUGCUUUUAUCCAUAAAUUCCCAAGAGUGACUCCAGAACUCUUUGUGGACCUGUCCCAGUUCCUCCCGUUCAUGUCUGUCUCUGACAUUAUGAGCUUCCCAGCCUACGUCAUUGUGAAUGACAGCGUGUUGGCUGCCAUCCGCGACCACAACUCAGAGAUGAAGUCAUCGCAGAAAAAGGCAUUUGUCAAAAGACUUCUACAGUCAAGUGUGGUGGGUGAUGUCCCCACCUGGCCACCGUACUUCCUUAGCUCCAUCCUACCGCUACUGCCUUACCUUCCCGUCAGUCGUUUUCAGCAGCUGACAUCACGACAGCUUACCCCUCUGUUGGAGUUGCUGGGCAAUAGCAGUCUGGAUGUUGUGAGAGGACGGCAUGUUAUACGAACCAUUUUCACCAAGAACAACAAUGUCACUGGUGAUAACAUAUCAAGGCUCGGUGUCCUUUCUUGUUACUUAGAUCCACAUGACCUGCAGUCAUUUCUUUCGGACUCAGCUGUGUGGUCCACUCUUCAUAGGCAGCUGGUCAAGUGUGUGUCCAAGGGCUUCAUUAGUGCUAGUGGCAGGCUUUCAUACUGGUUGGUCCCAGCUAUGCGAACCUUGAAUGCCAGCAGCAUGGCUCCGGCAGAGCUGACUGGCCUCAGCGCUCUCCUCCCACAGCUAGGAGCGUCCUUCUUACUCUCGCUUUCUUCACAGCAGCUGCUGGAGCUCCUCUCACAACCAGGAAUAGACAGAUAUUCUCCAGCACAGGCUUUUCAAAUGUUGUCCAAGAUUUCAAAAGACACCGAUCUCACAGCGGAAAAACUGUGCCGACUGAAGCCAUUACACUCUGGUCUAUCUCCCACUGUGCUCAGAAGACUCCACUGGUCUGAGAUCAGUGAAACUGCCAACUGUCAAUGUUGGAGAAGCAUGCUGACAGAGCUGAAGCCCGGCCACAAAGCAAUGCUGUACGAUGCAAUGCAAGAGGCAUUGCAAAGAGACACACCCAACAUCACUCAGCAUGUAAACUGUCUCCUGUCAUUAAUCCCUCUGAGGAAGCUGACAGAGGCUCUGAAGAGAGAAGGAGUCCCGAGGGACAUAAGCGUGUACAAACACAUCAGCUGGUCACCACAGCAGGCUCAGCUUUUGUUUAAGUGGAUACACAACUCGAAAAACAUCACCAGCAACAUGGUGAGAGACAUGGGCCAGGUUGCAGUUGGAAUGACAUGUGACUUUUUGAGAUUUUGGAGCAAUGACACUGGUUUUGCAGAGCUGCUUGAGUAUCUCACUUUGUUGCCAGGAAAAUUGAGACCUGCUCUGCGAAACUGUAUCGUAGAGGGAGUGAGAAAUUAUCCUCAACUUGAUGUCAGCACUUUAAGCCCUUGGUUUUCUGCAACCUUACCAGCGACAAUGAUAGAUGACCUUUCCAACACAUCCCUCAGGGCUGUUCUGGACCACGUUCAGGCACACUUCACUGAUUUCCUCCAACUACCACAUUACAAGCAGACCAAUAUCGCUGAGAAGGCUGGUUCCUCUUCCCUUAAUGUGGGUGAGAUUGAUGGCCCCACUCUGGACUUUCUGGGUCCUCUUCUGCCUUUCCUGGAUAGAGACAGUUUGUCUCUGGUAGACAAAGGUGCUCUGGCUUUGCGACUGGAGGACAUGAGGAGUUUCUGUCUUCCCAAAGAAGCUCUGAGAGACAUCAGUGCCCUCCUCACACAGAAAGACUUCAUGGGGGAACCAUCCAAGUGGCAAACUGGAGACAUUGAACAUUUGGGAAGGCUGGUGUUCACCCUGUCAACAAAAGAGAUGAACUCCAUCCCAGUGAAAGUCUUGAAUAAAGACACAGUGGAACAGGUUCUCUUGAGUCAAAAGCGCUGGGAGGAGAGCGCGGUGGGUGUCAUCUGUUUGAAGUGGCGCAUGGACCAACGUCGUCAGCGAGAGAAGACCCAAAGUCUCAUAAGAGGGAUAGUAAAAGUCCAAGGGAGCGGUGCAAAAAUCCCUAGCUGCGAAGACAUCAGAGGUACGUUCCCUUCCGCAUGGACAUCGUCUCAAUUGAGCCGCAUGUCACAAGUCGACCUCAAAGAGUGUGUAGAAGUCUUCAGCCGGGAUAUGUCAUUAAGCUCGGAGCAGCGCCGGGCGCUCUGGGUCAAACUUAGGCAGGCAUUCAGCCCAGUGAGUGAGCUGAGAACAGAGGAGAUUUUGGUUCUCGGUUCCCUGGUGACUGAGAUGACGGUUAGAGAACUGCAUGACAUCUCUUUGAGUGACAUGGCUGUUUUGGCCCAUUUGGGGACAGUGUCAUCCUGGCGCCCGAAGAAGAUGAGAGUGGUAAUUUUGGGCGUGUUGCGCGAGCGCAACCUGAAAAUCGAAGAGUUAUCUGCUGUCGAUUUGGCAACAUUUGGCCAUCUGAUCUGUGGACUGUAUCCCUCAGAGAUUAAAAGAAUUAAUGCUUACAACCUCAGCAUGGCCGUUCGGUUCCUGGGGGAAAUGUCCUUGCCAUGCAAAGAAGAGCAGAUGGAAGCUUUGACAAGUCGUUUGUCCAGACCUGAGGCCUUUGGUCCAGUCAGUGCUUGGGGAUCUGAAGUUUUCACAGAAAUUGGGACACUGGCAGCGGGCCUGGAAGACAUUGUUUUGUCAGCUCUGACACGAGAACAAGUGGAAGGCAUCACCAUUGAAGCAAUCGGCGUGCUGUCACCCAAAAAGAUGCCAGUGGUGUUCAGUGCCAUUCAGUUGUCCUGGUUGAGUGCUGAGCAGGCGUGGGCCAUCACUGAGGACCAAUGGGCGGAGCUGGACAACGAGCAGAGACACGCUGUCGGACUUGCUCGUUAUGAAGGAGAUGUAGAGCUUGAGCUGAGAGGGAGAAACUCGGCUGCAGCAGGCCUGAACACAUACUGCUUUGCUUUCAGCUUUGUGGCUCCAAGUCUCUGGUUCUGGCAUCUCAUCUAAAAUGCUUCUGAAUGGUUCAUUAGAAUUUGACCUCCCUUUUCAUCCACACAUUUGUGCAUAAAAUAAACAUCAUGAUCUGUUUUAUUGCUUCUCUGAUUUGAUUCCUUCCGUUAACAAUGUGCGAGAUUCAGUCUAAUGGAAUUUUCACAAAGUGUAAAUUAUUAAAUGUUUGAUACUAAUUUUGAGAUCAAUUACUAUUCAGAAAAAAAAUCCAGCUUUGGCCCAUUUUGCAAAUGUGGUUAGCGAAAUAUGACUUGAUAUGCUUUGAAGAUUAAAAUUAAAAUGCAAGGUUUGACUCGAGCUUUACUAAUUGCUCCCCGCCUUAAUGCAAUUUCUAAUAAGACUACUUGAUAGCUGUGGUUACUGCACUGGAUAUAAAAUGUCUAUUAUUUUUAAUGUUAAAAUGAAAAUAAGCCCAGAUACAUCAUUUCAAAUGAUUUUGACCAUAAAUAGUUCCCCAAAUUAUGAAAGGCACUCCCACCAAAAAACAUUCUAAAAGCUUCUGCAAGAAAGCAAAAUAAACUACUGGAACAGCUGCAUUUUUUUUUGUAGUUAAACACAGGCACAAUGAAUGAUGGGAGGUGUGGGCUGACUCCCAUUCAACAUGACUUUUCUUCAAUGUGUCUCUGAAAUAGAAGGAUAAAUGCUGACUUGAAGGUUCCAUUUAUCUUUUUCCUAGAAUAUCGCCUGACGCAACUACUGUUGUGUUGAGUUUGUGUUUGUGAGUCACGACUUAUUUCCUCCCUGAGCAUACAUGUGAUUGAGCAUGUGAUCCCAUUGCUGUAGCACUCGGUUGCUUUAGUCCUACGCUGUAACUUUUUAAGGAACAUUUAAAAGCACAUUUAACCUUUAAGGCCCUUACUUGGUUUGCGUGGCACCCGCCGUGGAGUCAGCGCAGGGUGGCACAGCGCAAGCUUGCUCGUAUGAACUGGUUGCUGAGCAACAUUUGCCAUUUCCAACUGGUUUUAAUGUAAAGUAGGCUGCAGUUCAGCAGAAUGUGUUUAUUUAAAAGUGACAACAAAAAUGCCUGGCUUUGCUCAUGAUAGCGAAGGAGAAUACGUGAUACGAGUAAAGCUUGCGUGGUACGAGUAUUACUAUGCAGGUACAGUUGCCUUCAGUGGAACACAAAAGAAUCACUGCUGAUGUGCAGUCCAGUUGUACAAUAUGUGUUUAUGUUUUGGAUUGUACAAACCCUUUGUUUUUGAAGGCUGGAUUAUUUAUACAGGCAUUGAGCUGGAAACAUAUUGAUUGGCUCAAUAAAAAAGAUGUGGACGCCUUUUGUGCCAUAUUUAAAAUGGCAUUUUGAAAGUGAGAGGUAUUAUGUGCCCCCUCCCGUCCCCGCCCCAGUAGCGCUGAAGAAAAUAUGUGACCUCUAUCAUUGAAGUUGCCAUUCCCUGAUGUAGAAUGUGCAACAAGAAGGAAUAAAAUUGGAGUGUGUUGGAGCUCCUCUAUAUUUGAAUUAGAAAAUAUUUUUCAAAUUAUUUUAGGUAUUGCGGUUAAUGCAUUGUUAGAUGUUAUGUAGGCUAUACACAUUGCCACAGCUGCAGUUGUUAACACUCUCAAUAAAGUUGAGUUGAGAUAACGGAUGCAUUUGUCUGUCUUUGUUUUAUAGUAGUGAUCUUUCCAGGACAGUUUAUGGUCG